AGGACACAGAAGGAAUGCAGUAUUCUGUGUUUCAUGGAGACAUGGCUGCAGGAACACAUCCAGGACUGUUUAUAUGCUGAUUCUUCAGCAGAUGGUAGAAAUCUAAAAAGGUGGCGUGUUAUUUUCUGGUCCAUCAUUGUAAUUCCCCCAUAGAACAUCAGUAAAUCAUUUUCAUCUAAUUUCAAAUAAACAUGGAAAAACAAAAAGCCUAAUAAUGAGUUUAUUUAAACGAUAUGCUGAUGAUGUAGACAAUGUUAAAUAUGUAGUUAUUUGUAGAAAAUAAAGCCAUUCGGGCUUCUGCGUGUUUGUCAGGCGCUGCAGGGAGUAAAGAAAACAUUUCUUUCAAAGUGGACCGCAAAGGAAAUUAUUGGAACAUCUUGUAAAAGAAUGGCUCCAGAUUUUAACAAAAACGACCAAAAAAAAUUAGAUUUGAUAUUUCGAUAAUUUAACUUCAGAAAAUGUGAAAUAAAAUUUGGGGGGGGGGUCACAAAAAUGCCUAUUUAUAGGCAUGGUUAAAAGAAGAAACGCAACAAAUGAAUCAGGACCUCUCUAUUGUUGGUCCCGUGGUUUGGCCGGUCAGUGGCACUGUGGUCCUCUCUGGAGCCCCAAACUAUUUUCACCCCCUUCUGCACACAAAGGCGACAAUAAUAACAGCUGCACUCAUCGCACCGGACUUAACGCGGAAAGAUGGCGUGAAGAUAAGUUAGGGAAGCCUGUUCUCGGCGUGUUGCCCCUGCGAGGCAGAUCUGCUCACCGCGCGCUGCCUCUUUAUUUGUUUCUGCGCGUCAACAACAGCCGCAUGGUGCUGGAGAGGUAGAGCGCUUUUCUCUCAAUGGGCUUUUAUAUUUAGUUCCGUGAGACAGCAGCAGCGGAGAGAGGAGACCCUGCUCCCCGGUGUUGUCUAACCAUUUGAUCCCUGAGACCGUCCUCAGAGCCCAGAACUCGCGGUACUGGUUUCCAGGCUAUGUGGUGGUGAAGGCGCUGCGGGUGGUUUCUGUGUCAGAGAAGAGGCGCAAAUUUAUCUCCGGCGGAAAAAAUGAUGAUGGCCGGUGGUGGUGGCGGAGCAGCCGUGGACCUUAACGGGAUGUACUCCAAUCCUGACCUCCACAGCCUGCAGCAGGCCCACAUGGAGACUGAUAACCCGGACUCCCGCAAGAGACCACUGGAAACUCCGGCAGAAGAGGCCGGCUGUACCAAACGCACCAACACUGGAGAGGAGGGUGAGUACUUCCUGAAGGUGCUGAUCCCCAGCUAUGCAGCCGGCUCUAUAAUUGGUAAGGGUGGCCAGACCAUCGUACAACUGCAGAAAGAGACGGGUGCCACCAUUAAGCUGUCCAAAUCCAAAGACUUUUACCCAGGAACAACAGAAAGAGUCUGUCUGAUACAGGGUACUGUCGAAGCCCUCAAUGGUGUCCACAACUUCAUCGCGGAGAAAGUACGCGAGAUGCCCCAGAGCGCCCAGAAACCAGAACCAGUCAGCAUACUGCAGCCACAAACCACGGUGAACCCGGAUCGCGUCAAACAGGCCAAACUGAUCGUGCCCAAUAGCACAGCAGGGCUGAUCAUUGGCAAAGGUGGAGCCACAGUGAAAGCAGUGAUGGAGCAGUCAGGGGCUUGGGUGCAGCUCUCCCAGAAGCCAGAAGGCAUCAACCUGCAGGAGCGAGUGGUAACCAUCAGCGGGGAACCUGAACAGAACCGUAAGGCUGUGGAAAUCAUAGUGCAGAAAAUCCAGGAGGACCCUCAGAGCAGCAGCUGCCUCAAUAUUAGCUAUUCCAAUGUCUCUGGCCCAGUGGCCAACUCCAACCCCACGGGCUCACCCUACGCCAAUACAGCUGAGGUGCUGCCCAACGCGGCUGCAGCAGCUGCCACUGCCUCCAGCCUUCUGGGUCAGGCUGGACUGACAGGAAUGGGUGCCUUCCCUGCCGCCAUGUCCAGUUUCUCUGGCAAUGAUCUGCUCGCCAUCACCUCAGCUCUAAAUACGCUGGCCAGCUACGGUUACAACACUAACACCCUUGGCCUGGGUCUCAACCCUGCAGCUGCCUCCGGAGUCCUCGCUGCAGUUGCAGCUAGUGCUAACCCAGCUGCUGCUGCUGCAGCUAACCUAUUAGCCUCCUAUGCUAACGAUGCCUCCAGCAGUGCUGGCCACCCUGCUACAGGCCUCGGUGGGUUCUCCCUCGGUUCACUAGCAGCUGCUACUGGGGCUUCCAAUGGUUACCUAAAUGCUUCAUCUCCAUUGAUGGCCUCAUCCCUCUUGGCAACAGAGAAGCUGGCAGAUGGGGCCAAGGACGUGGUUGAAAUUGCUGUACCCGAGAAUCUGGUGGGCGCCAUUUUGGGGAAAGGAGGGAAAACGCUGGUAGAGUACCAGGAGCUGACAGGAGCCCGCAUCCAGAUCUCCAAAAAAGGAGAAUUCAUUCCUGGUACUCGGAACCGUAAAGUUACCAUAACAGGGUCGCCAGCCGCUACACAAGCAGCGCAGUAUCUGAUCAGCCAGCGGAUCACUUACGAGCAGGGCGUGCGCGCUACCAACCCACAAAAGGUGGGCUAAAACGAAAAAGAAGGGAAAAGAAGGAAAGGAUGAAGACAGAAAUAGAAGGAAAUUGAAAGAGUCCUAAUGAGUAGAAAAAAAAGUCCAAAUAUCUGUUCAAUAUUUCAGUAUCAAAUGAGAGAAUAACAAAGGAGGAGGUGGGGGAGACAGUCAAGAUAAGUGUGUGUGAUAUGUGAGUGUGUUUUUAGGACUGAUGUCCUGAUGUUUUUUAAAAGUUUGUGUCAAGUCUUUUUGACAAUGGUGAUCAGAGUAAGCUGAACUGGUCCACUGCCAAGUUGCAGAUUCAAGAGUGAGGCCGCAGGGUUUCACCCUCCUCCAAAACCUCAUUACUGAUUUCUUUCACUUCUGUUUUUUCUUUGGUUUUCUUGGUUUUAGUUUCAGUUUUACGCCUCAGCUCCCGGUGAGCUGGAGGUGUCAGGUGAAGAUCCAGCCAGCCAACAGGGCUGUUUUACAAACCUUGCUCUUUGCGUACAAUGCAGCAGGCAUUGUUAACAAGGGAGAGGUUUUGCGUCAAGCACCUGAGCUCAUCUCAGUUGGUCGGGAAGCAAUCUGAGUAUAAUUUCAUUUAAAGACAAAAAAUGGGAAGAAAAAAAAGCAUAUCUAUGUUGACGUAUGUCAAAUUCUGGCUCAUAUCAUAAUUGAAGUUUCGAAAUUUGGAUAUUUUAUACUUUCAUCCUUUAUUUAUUGACACAGUCUCAUUCAAACACAAAUAGAUUAUUUAAACCUGUGAAUGCAGGUUGAUCUGAAUGUAAAAACAAUAUUAGCCUAUUGCUAUUUUUUAUUUACAGGGAUCAAAUAUUGUGUUGCAGUGAAAGAAAUGUAGAACUCAAACCCAGUCUGAACUUCACUGUUGCUGUCUGCAAGUACAGUUCAGGGGUUAAAUAAUCAAUGUGAGAGGAUAGAGGAGACACACAGGAAUGUAUGAAUAUAUUUUACAUGAACACACAUAGAUACGCUCCCAUAAGCGCACAAACACUGAGACAUAUUUGCAUAUUCAGUCACAGCUACAAACACAAAGAAAUACGUUGUCUAACCCUUUCUUGGUGCUAUAUGAUUAGGUUUAUAUCUCCUUUGACAUGAAAUCAGAAUCUCUCCAGCGACUUCACUUCUUACUUGAUUUAAAGUAGCUGACGUGUCAACCGGUCUUUCUUAGCCUGCUGGAUCUGACCCAGCCUCUCACCUAAUGACAAAUGAUUUCAGCGUUUCGUGAUGAAAAGCAAUCCACACAGAAUUCAAGUCCAUUUUCAUUCCCAGUGCGAUCCUUUUAUUUUAUUUCUUGUUUUUUCCUGAUAAAAACUGGACAUCCUGUAAUAAACAUCACCUGACAUCAUUUUUGCCUUAUUAGCCAGACAUCUGGAACUCCCAAUGCUUAACUUCAGGCUCAGCCUACCUUGAAGCAGUGUCGAAAUAGUUCAGUUCACAAAGCACUACAAAAGCAUUUUGAUAAGAAAAGCUGUAUGAACCAAUAUCUGUGAAUAAAGAAACUAUCGCCUUUACAUUAAGGUUACCAAAUAGUCAAGAGACAUAUACUAAUGAUGAAAGGGGAAUAGAAUGACACUUGAAAAGAAGGUUUGGAGUCACUUUUCUGUGAGCCGUUCUUCCCAAUUUGCAUAAAAAAGGGCGAUUCUGCAGCUCGUCCAGGCAGGUUGAUACUCUUCCCCAAACCACGUUCAAGCUCAAAGCGUGUAAUAAAGCAUAAAAUGUUUUGGCAUGUUGUUUUUUAUAGGUAAUUGUCUAAUGCAGGCAGAAUAAAUGUCUAGAGCAUUUCCAAGCACUCAAAGAUUAGCUUGCCUCCCCUCUGUGCUGCUAUCCAUAGCGUUCAUCCUGAGUACACUGGGUCUCUAAGACUGCACUGUGAGACAUUUAGAUCACAAUGUAAAGCUUGUCUGUCCCGUUGGGGAUGAGUAUUCUUUAAUGUGCCAUCCAUGUCGCAUACACAGAACCUAUCAAUACUGACAGAGGGGAUAUCUCCACUAGAGCAUUUACACUGCAGCAUCUUGUGAUGUUCAUGUUUAAUCUCUGAAAUUUGAGAAUAUUUUUCAGAUCAGUUCUCAUCUUUGCCCCAUGUCACAUCUCUAGUUGUCCCCCAUCAACCCAAGCUCUAUGAUCAGCUUCGUUAAAGCAAAGCUGUGAGGGUUGGUGCUGAGCAGCGCCCAACAGAAUCAGAAACACUCACGAUUUUUAAGGGAAAUUGAACGAACAGCCAUUUUCAUUUUCAUGAUUCACGUUUCAAAAUUCAUAUAAAGUGUUCAAACAGCUGCUUGUGUCUGAACAUUACGGCUGGCGACUGCAGCCAUCAGCCUUUCCUCCGAGCUGAAAUCUCUCCUCUCACUAUGUGUUUGGAAGGCUUCGCAAUCACCCAUAACUUCCAAUCUGGCCACCAGUGAAAUCAUAGCGUAAGAUAACCUUUUACUGCCCAGUAUUUUAGCAUAUAAUGAGAUACAAGCACAAAACAAAGGGAUGUUUAUCAAUGCAACUGGACUGCUUGACUCCAGAGAGCUCUCCCUUCAAAGCUCUCUGGUUGAUUCGUUGUGCCAAAUACUGUUUCUCUCUGCCCCUCAUUAACUUUCCUCUUUCUCUCAACAUUUUAUUCCCCUGCAUGCUCUCUCUGUUCUGGGAUUCCUUCUGUGUCCUAAUCCCUGUCCAUGCUUCUUCUUACACUGUGCUCUCCCCCUCUUUCUCCUUCCUCCUGUCUUGUCUCAUGGGCGGUGUGUUGGAUGUGCCGUGGGUGGGAGUUAUGCACUAUAGGUCAUAGGGGUACGAAAAUAUUUUCCCAGGCCGCAGAGGUCACAAAGGCUAAAAUGCACAGAAAAACACCUGCCUCCAAAACUGUGACACCCACCAAGACCAACCAGCAACGUUAGCUCAAAAAUUUCCCUCUAGAACAAGUAGAAAAAGAACAAGUAGGAUUUAGACUGGUUUAGCCUUUUUAAAUGAAGAGAAAGUCUGUUUUUUUUUUUUUUUUUUGUGGUUCCUUCUUUUAAAAGAGGGCAAAUCUUGGUUUAAAGAAUAUACAUAUUAUGGCUGAGCUCAAGUUUCGGCCUCUAAAUGACGCACGGCUCGGACAGAUUGCAUAAGAUUGCGAGAGAGAAACGUGGGAACUUGUUUGUGACCUCAAGCCGAAACAACGACAUCCUUUAUGCAUAUCCUGUUAUCUGAAAAUGACUAGAAAUCAUUUCUGUGGAAUACAAUAUGUCAUGUCAUAUGAUCUAUAUGUACUUUAUUGUAGCUAUUCUAGUUUGUAGUCCAAAUGCAGUCCAGCGUUGUCGAUACAAUGUGAAACUAUGUUAUACUUGUGUGGAUGAUGAGAGUGCCAACUAAGCCUGAUUAAGAUUAGCUUCGCGAUUUGUUUGUGCAUUAUGAUGACUCAUCAUCAGCCGGUGGUGUCCAUAUUUCUGUCAUUGAUAAUUUAGUUUGACAGUAAGAAAAUGUAAAGAAUAUUGGAAGCAAUAUAGUAGCAUGUUGUCCUGUUUUGUGUUUUAUGUCUGUUGUAUGAACCUUUGAAAUUACUAAGAUUUUGAAUGAAUAGGUUUACAUGUACUUUUUGUAAGUUAUGAAAAUGCUGCUAUUUGAUAAGUAAACUAUACAAAAUAUUUUAGUUGAAAAGAUGUCUGGUCUGUUGAUUAGAGACAUGCUCUUAAAGGAUGGAGCAUAAAACGAGGUGUAUAGAAUACUAUACAGUAUUGGUAAGCUAGUAAAAGUAAUAAUAGACUCCAUAGUACGACCUGUGCCAAACUAGACCUCCGCAGCUUCUGAAAUUGUAGAUGUGCGAUCAAAUGUUAGAUAUCAAUAACUUGUUUAGAAGUGCUGAUCAAGUGCCAAUCAAACAUUGUCUUUUAAGUUAAGAAAAGAUAAUCAAAUACAUUACUUAAGAAAACAAAGGACAAAGAACUUUUUGUGCAUUGUUUUAUCCCAUAGGUACAUAGAGUAAGAGUUAAUGAUUGUGAUUUUUAUGGAUCCUUGUUGUUUUACACUCCAUGCAUCCCUUGUGUGUUCGUUUGACCUGUGGCUUAAGUACUGCUGUUUUCUCACAGAUGUCUCUAUAGGCCAGCAUGGACUAAGCAUAACAUGUUAUAAGCAUUCAUAACAUAGCCAUUAACAAUCAAAAAUGUGUUUGUGGAGUUAGGUGUUAUCUUUUUGCACGUCUUCUAUUGCAUGGUAUCAAAGUAAAUUAUGGAGGAAAAAAAGUUAUAAAAAUUUGCGAGGUGUCUCGCAGCAUUCAAGGACAUAACACUGCAUGCGGUCAGAUGUAAAGCUCCUAAGUUUACUCGCCUCAUGUUAAAAAUGUUGGAUUCUUUGCGUUUUUUUCUCUUGUUUUUUUUUCUUUUUUUGUGAGUUGGGAGGAAGCUCAUUAUUGUCAUGUUGGCCCGAAAAAAAAAAAAAAAAAAAAAAAACCAUAAAAAAGACACAGACGCGUACGAACACACACCUGAGAUCAAAAUUUGUCAUCGGCACAGUUCAUCUCUCGAGCCACCAUCAGACAAGAUUCGCAGUGUUUUUACAGCGAGGAGUUUAACAAAUGUGAACGAAGUAAAUGUGAAAAUGUUGUGCGUUGGCUCCUUGUGUGUUUUAGGAUAUCAUGCAUUUCUUUUAUAGGCAGGUUGAACCUCACCUAACCUGUCACAUAAUAUUUUCUACGUUGCAGCUUGAAAGCCCAGAUCUAAUCUAUGAAUGUACCCAUUUCCCUUUUUUCUUUUUCUCUGUCAAAUGUUUAUCUGUCUUUAAUGUAAAUUCAGGGCAGGAAUGUCAAAUACAUGUAGAGUUAAUAUCUAUGUCACUAACAUACUUCAGCUAUAGUCAGGUAGGCCUCCCACGGCCAGAGUCAUGAACCAGAUAUGUUAACACAACUUCCGAUUUGCUGUCAACAUUAUCUUGUUUGUUUGGUGUUGCAUAAAUGCACUUUACCGAUCAGUGGGUCAUAAUGGGUGUGAAAUGAAGCAAACCGUGUUGGCUUUCCGCAGCUGAUUUCUUCUGAUUUUAUUACCAUCCUUUACUGUUGUUCUGAUGUUACUUGUAUUUAUUUAUUCCCUGAACCUGUUGGGUCUGAAGAAUGGUGGAAAGGGCUGGAGUCUCAGAUAAAACAAGAAAAAGUAGCAUCUGUUUCCCCUCUCAAAGGGUUCUCCGUCACAUUCCCUGCAGCAGAGGUCUGUGUCAGUCACUGAGUGGUCUGUUGUGAAGCCGCGAUGGAUCUGUACCCCUUUGCCAAUGUUGUUUUGAAAUGAGAAAUUGUAAAUUGUUUGUAUUUUGCCAGCAAACUGGGAUUUAAGCACUGAGGGAUGAAGGGUAAAGUCUGGCUGAUGUUACAAUUGGACAUGAAAGACGUGAUCGGCACCAGCAAAUUGAAGAAUGCCUCAGCCACCUCGUCACGAGGAAACCUCUGAACGAAGACGGCUUGGUUUCCUACACCAUGUGUUUAAAACCCCUUGUCUUUGCAGUUACUCCCACCCAAAUGCCAGAGGAUCAUUCCAAAAGUUGUCAUGUUUGUUUUGAUUUUCACUCCUGGACAUUCAUCCACCACCACGGAGCCCUUUCACCUGAAGGACUGGUUUGAAACGCUACAAACUGGCUGAGGCUGCUCGCUCCUCUUUUUAAACCAAUUCUACCUGAGUCUCACUCUCUCAGCCUACACAAUAUCACAGUUUGUGUUUCACUACAGCGAGCGCCUGCUACUGUGUCCUCCCUUUAAACGGGUUAAGGUUUUUCUCGGCCCCUUUCGUCUGGGAAAUUACGGGAUUGUUUGCCAACCACAUGAGGCCAUUUUCUUGUUUUUUAUGUCUGUGACUCUCUGAACCUCCCAUGAACUUUGUUGACCUUCUUCAUCUCUGAGAACUCAUACAUGUGUUGGAGAUUCUACUGUCAAACUCUGGAAGACUGUUCUUUUGUUUUCUGGUUUUCUGGACUAUCCUGCAAGGUUGAACGCCUGCGUUAAAGUGUACACUGAGGAAAGCAUGCCAGUACCUUGCAAAUAUUUUCAUGUUGUGUUCGUUCUUGGUUUGGUUUUAUGUUGUUUAACCUCUGUUUGUCCCAUUUCAGGAAAAAAUGGACUGACAGCAUAAGAUGAAAUAUUUCCAACUUAAUCCAAGUGAUGUUUAGUUGAUUGGGUCUAUUUCUCUUUGACAUUUAUGACAGCGUUUCUGUCUUUCUUGUGUGAAAAGUGGGGAGAAUCUGUGAAAGUCCGCAGUGUAAACUAGCUAAAGGGCUUUCUGUGAGAGCAUUUAUGUCUUUUAAAAUGGAAAACAGAAAAAAAGUCAUUUGGAGAUAUUUAGAAAGAAAAAUGCCUUCUUGUGCCAUUCUAGACAAAAGUGUGAAAGCUUUUUGUGGCAAAUAUUUGUCAGCAAGCGUGCCAAAUAAUUCCAUACUGAGCCAAAAGGCAGCCAGCCUGCAUCGCUGUUAGAUCGCUGGGAUGGCCACGUCCCAUUUCCACCCCCCUGGAACACAUCACUCUAACCGUACGAAGUUUGAGCUCAUGCCGUCUUUGUUAUGCUGCCAGUCUGUUUUCUGCUUUUGUCAGAAACAUCCCAGAAGCAGUAUAUUUUCUACACGAUACACUGUUGACUUAAAAAGAAAGACAACAGCCUCUGUGGUGAGGGAAUGAGAGGAAUUUAAGUGUCAUUGUUUUUAUUAGUUUCUUUGAACAUUAUUCAUUAAUAGAUUUAACGGUAAUGACUAUUUAAUGUAAAAUGUAGUAAUGUGUUUGUAAAAGAAAUUCAGUGAGUUGUGUUUUAUGACUCGUGGACUACCAGUGAAGUCAGCAUUUCAGUGUUAAUAAUUGAAUUGUUUUUUAAAGAUUAUUUUUGCGACGGCAACAAAGAGUCAUUAUAAAUGUUCAUUUUAACACCA